AUGGAACAGGUGUUCUUGAAUUCUGACAUGGUCUACUUACUGCCAUCUAAUCACCUUCUCAUAGCAAAUGCACUCAUUUGUGAGAGAGCAGGGGCAUUUUCAUUCAUCUGUGACAGCAAAGAUGAAGCAGACAGAGUGCUAUCACAGCUGAAGAUCCUCAUUCGACCCAUGUAUUCCAACCCACCAAUCCAUGGGGCUCGCAUUGUGACAACUGUUCUCAAUGAUCCUCAACUGCGACAACAAUGGUUGAAGGAUGUCAAGGGCAUGGCAGAUAGGAUUCUGACAAUGAGAAGCAAGCUUAGAGAAGGUCUGAAAAAGGAAGGAUCAAUGCAUGACUGGAAGCAUAUCACAGACCAGAUUGGAAUGUUCUGCUUUACUGGGAUGAAGCCCAACCAAGUGGAACGGUUAAUCAGGGAAUUUAGCAUCUACUUGACCAAAGAUGGAAGAAUCUCUGUUGCUGGAAUCUCUUCUGCCAAUGUUGGCUACCUAGCCCAUGCUAUGCACCUUGUCACCAAGUAGAGCAAAGGAUUGCUCUGCUUGCCAUGCGUUCAUCUUAAUCCCCCCUCUUGUUGGUGCAUACUUCCAUCCCGAGUGAGAAAUAAUACUAAUAUGUGGCUCCCCUUUUUCAUUGUUAUAAAGUUCAGUUGUGAUAAGCAGUAAAGUUUGGAUUGUGUAUGAUUAUAUCCUCCC